AUGCCUCACGCGACACAGAACCCAGCCCUCGAGGGCGAGGAGGAUGCGGACUUUGAUAAUGUGAUGCGCCAACUGAAUAACUACGAAAGUGGCCCAAACUUGGACUUUUUGUCGCGCGACUUGGAUGUAGGCGAGAAGGCGGACGAUGCGAUCGACUAUGAAGAUUUCGAGGAUGACGAUCUGCCCGAGGAGGAGCUGGCGUCAGCACCAGGCCUGCUUCCACCGGAGGACUCGACUCAGGAUCCUUUCGCGAACCUUGGUGCUGAAGAAGCAGAUUCUUUCCCGACUGGCGAUGAUAUUUUUGGGGGUCCGGAAAAUGGACUCCAAGCUCCAGAGGACAAUCUUGAUGAUCUCUUCGGUGAAGGGCCGCUCUCGCCGCCCCCUGCUGGACAGGUGGACCACACAAAAGAUCUCUUCGAAGAUGACGAACCGCCGUUGACGAGUGAACCGGUUGAGCUACCGCCGAUCCCACCGGCGCCUGAAUCACAACCCCAGCCGAUGGUAGUGGAAGAGGAAAAUGAUUUUCCGGACGAUGACAGUGUGAUUUCCGAAGAGAUGGACCCGGUGACCCUCCGUGCAUGGAAGCUUCAGCAAUCCCUGUUCGCCAUGUCCGGGGUCGGGAUGGAUAAUCCACCGGCACCACCUGAGAAUCACGAAGAACUUCUUCAGUCUCUGUUCCCAACCUUUGAUCGCAACACUCUUCCACGUUGGCUUGAGCUCAUUCCGCACAAAAAGGCGUUCUAUCUGGGCAAGCAACCCUUGAAACCCCCCAAGCCUGUUCUACCCACAAAGGUCAACAUCGAACUGGCACCUGAUCAAGAACGAGUCUUCCGAACGGGUCAACCCAAUAAGCGAACUCUUGAUCAGGAUUCUCUGGGCCUAGUGAUGAUCACCGAGGCAGCUCAGGAGGAAGAGGAGCCUAGCGAAGAUUUUGAAGUGGGAGACAUGGAUGUGGACGAAGUACUGCCAGGGGGGUUCACCAUACAGGAUCUUCGAACCAUUUGUGCAGACUGGGACAUUCACGAUGAAGUCACACCCACACACGAGGCGAAACCACCAGCGCAGACCGAGGGUGGACUAUUCGAGGAAGAUGAGGCUGAUUGGCUUAUCGAUGCCACUCACCCUGCGAAGAAGCGCAAGACCGGCCCGACUGCCAUGGAUGUUAUUGCGCUGUCUCAUCUUGAUAUCCCUCUUCUGGACGACCCCGAGCAAGUUGCCAUGCAACACGCAAAGAAGGUCACUAUUGACAUGAAUGACCCCAACAUCCUCGUCGACGAAUUGAGACCAGAUGCGGUUGCUCACAAGCCGAAGCACGCGGCCCCUCGCACCCGGGAUGAAGUCGACCUGAACCUCACACGCCGACUCACGCAGCGAUACAAUAUCUCAAACGAUUCAGCUUAUGACAUGCUUAAACAAAAUCACCAAAAUAAGAUUCGGAGCACUCUUGGCAAUGUGACUCUGGAGCAUGCGCUGCCCGCCCUGCGCUUGCAGUGGCCUUACUACAAAACGGAGUUGGCUAAGGCUGAAGCUAGAUCUUUUCACCGACCAGCUAUGGCUUUCCGCCCUGGGCAAACCUCCUGGUUCAAGAAUACUUCCCUUCUCAAACGCAAGCAUCAAAGGGGCAAAGACGCCAAGACUGUUUACGACUCCACCAAGGCGUUGUCCCUGUCAGAUAACUCAAAUGUUCUGCUGGUGGAGUAUUCGGAAGAAGUCCCUAUGUCCCUUGCCAAUUUUGGGAUGUGCAACCGGUUCAUCAAUUACUACCGGCGGAAGAGCAUGGAGGACCCCACUCGUCCCAAGGCGGAGAUUGGGGAAACAGUCGUCUUGCUGCCUCAAGACAAAAGCCCAUUCUCUAUUUUUGGUCAUGUGGAUCCGGGUGAGAUUACACCUGCAAUCUCCAAUUCUAUGUACCGAGCACCGCUGUACCCACAUCAGUCCAAACAAACCGAUUUUCUUGUGGUGCGCAGCAGCACUGGCUCUGGAGGCAGCAGCUAUUAUCUGCGCAACAUUGAGAACCUCUUUGUGGCUGGACAGCAAUUUCCCUCGGUCGACAUCCCCGGGCCGCAUUCACGGAAGGUCACCACGGUCGCCAAGAAUCGUAUGAAGAUGCUGGUAUACCGCUUGCUCAAAAAGAGUCCCGACGAGCGAUUGUCAAUCAGCGAUGUGACAGCCCAUAUCCCCAACACUACGGAUAUGCAGAAUCGGCAAAAGGUCAAGGACUUUCUCCAGCACGACAAGGAUACCAAGUACUGGAAGCCCCUUGAUCCUGUCCUGCCAGACCAAGACACUAUUCGAUCCUGGGUGCAACCUGAAGAUGUGUGUCUUCUAGAAUCGAUGCAAAUUGGCCAGCAACAUCUGCACGACACAGGUUUUGGAAAUGAUGCUGAGACUGGUGGUGAUAACGAGGAAGACGAGGAGAGCGAGAGCUUCGAGCAGCAGAUGGCCCCUUGGAAAGCCACUCGCAACUUUUUGCUGGCUUCCCAGGGCAAGGCUAUGUUGAAGCUUCAUGGCGAGGGUGAUCCAACCGGUCGCGGUGAAGGUUUUAACUUCAUCAAAACGUCCAUGAAGGGCGGGUUCAAAGCCAUUGGUGAAAGUGUGGAAGACAAAUUGGAUGCACAACGGCUCAAGGAGCUCGGCGGACACAGUUACAACGUCGCACGUCAACAGAAAUCCUACGAGACGUCCAUCCGUCGGAUCUGGGACGCCCAGAAAGCCAGCUUGUCUUCUACGAUUGAACACUCGGACCAGGAAAGCGAUGUCGACCAGGAAGAGGAAGAGGUAUUUAACAAACCUACACCACGGUCCGAGGCACCCACACCGGGCCCGAGCCGUCGCGAUGACGAGUCAGCCAGUCAGUUCAGCCGAAUGAGUUUUUCGAGCCAACGCGGCAAGGCCCUGCGCAUCACCCGCCAGGUCAAGGACCCCAGUGGCGAAAUUGUACCAAAGGAACAGAUCAUUCGGGAUCCGCGGGUGAUCAGACACUACAUGCAGCACCGCCACCGCACGGCAGCCCUCACUACCAAGCUGGAGUCCCUCCAGCCCACCGGCGAUCCGGAGGUGGACGCGCGCAACCGCAAGCUGAUCGAGAACGAACUGAGCCGACUGAAUCGCAACAAGGAACGCCGCUUCGCCCGCGAGAAGCAGAAGGGCAUCUCGCGUGCUCCCGGCGACUCUCCCGCAGACGGCAAGCCCGCGGGCACACAGCGCAAGUGUGCCAACUGUGGCCAAGUGGGCCACAUCAAGACCAACAAGAAGCUGUGUCCCUUGCUCAACGGGACCAUGAAGCCCGAGGACCAUGUCACCGACUCUGCCUUCUCCAUGAGCGCUCCGGUCCUCUAG